AUGCAAGAUGCAGUUUCGUCCUUCUACCAUCAUUUACAAGCCGUUGCGAGCCAGUACAACAUUUCUGCCAUUGCCUUGCCUGUCGAGGCUGUCCAACACGCUUUGUGGAUCCCUACGUUACCCUUCGAAGCCAUGGAAAAAUGGAACACGAUUCGUGUCAACCUUGUGGUAAUCACCGAUAGACGGCCGCAUUCAUUGUCAAGGUUGCUGCAAUCCACAUCGCGCGCUCAGUAUCUUGGCGACACGGUUGGCUUGGUGAUUAAUAUGGAACAGUCGGCGGAUCGAGUGACGCGCAUGAUGGUGAACAGUUUUGGAUGGAGGCAAGGCGAAAAAACCGUGCGCCACCGCAUUUUAAAAGGUGGACUGAUGCCAGCCAUCAUUGAGUCGUGGUAUCCGCAGCACGAUAAUGAUUAUGCGAUUCUUUUGGAAGACGACAUUGAAGUUUCGCCGUUAUUCUACGUGUGGACCAAGUAUAAUAUUCUGCGAUACCGUUAUACAAACCAUCCCGAUGCUUGGCGUAUGUUUGGUAUCAGUCUCUAUUCGCCGAGAAACCUCGAGUUGUUGCCUGAAGGACGUCGUCCAUUCAAUCCUAAUUCCGUCAUCCGGCCCCAGUUUCCUACCCACACCCCGUAUCUGAGCCAGGUUCCUUGCAGCUGGGGUGCCGUCUACUUCCCGGAACACUGGCGCGAGUUCCAUGAAUACCUGACGAGCCGAUUGGAAGAUAUGAAGGAGGACGGUAUCGGUCGAUUGAAUAUCACGGUCCCAAACAGUCGUUCGGAACGGUGGAAAAAAUCAUGGAAAAAGUUCAUUAUCCAGCUCGUCUACUUGCGAGGUUAUGUCAUGCUUUACCCAAAUUUCCAACAGUUUGAAUCGUUCAGCACCAAUCAUCUGGAAUUUGGCACGCACAUCAAGAAAGGACGUACCAAAGCCGCCUUGGAUGGGUUUACUGUUCCACUGAUGCAACGUGAUACUAUUUUGUCACAACUACCCUCUGGUGAACUACCCAACAUGGAUGCUUUGCCUACGCUUAAUCUUUGGGGUCAAAGACACACGCUCCAGGAAUUGGAAGAAAUCGCCAUUGCAUGGCAUCCUCAAGUCUCCGCCUGUGCACGGACCACGGAACGGUUUAAUCCGCAGGACCUACUGUGCCCAUUCCCUGGUAAAUCACGCAAACGUAAAUCGCCAAAAAAGUCCUCCAAACCCUCCAAGGAAGUAUCCGUCGUCCAGUCAAUUGUGAUUGAAACUGUCUAUGUCGACCCUAGCAACGAGACCACAGGUCCCGAAGUAAACGGGGGCGCGGAUGCGGAGACAGACGAAGAGACUGAAGUGUGGGUCCCCGAACCGAUUGAUGUCGCGCAACUGCAGACGGAAGAGAUGGAGCAUGCUCUAGAAGACGAUCAACUACAUGAUCUAGAAGCUGACCUUGCUCAGCUCAAUUCACUUCAAAUGUAA